AUGCCUCGUCUUGGUAGGAGUGAGGCCGGUUCUUCUCAUCAGUCAGCUGACCCUUGUUUUGUGCCACCUGAGGGUCGCCACUUGUCUGACGUGGCUCAGGAGGGUGGCGCACUUGCGAUCCUGAGGGGACGCGGAGUUAGGACGCAUUGGCUGGAUUGGUUUCAUGAUCCGCAGCAUCUGUUCUUUGAGGUGCUGGAGCGCACCCCGUUCGCCAGUUUGUUCCAAAUUCGUCUAAGUAAGACGAACAUGUCUCUUUUGUCGGCCUUGGCGGAGCGAUGGCAUGCUAGGACUCAUACUUUUCAUCUGCCCUUUGGAGAGUGGGGGAUUACCCCGUAUGAUAUCUAUAUGCAGCUGGGGCUUAGGUAUGACAGGGGAUCUGUCCCUUUUGAGGAUGAUCUCUCAGUACCUUCUGAGGAUGAUUGGAUGAGUCUCCUGGGGAUGAUGCCAGGUGCUUCAGAUUUCAUUGGUCAUCGAUUCAGGCUACUUUGGCUGUCAUCGAACUUUGCUCGUCGUAUCCCUGAGACCGAGGCUGCAGCGAUUGUGAAGGCUUGCGCCCUGAUAUUGUACACGAUGGGAGUGAUGAUCUUCUGA